UUUUAAAUAAAAAAUUUCAAGUAUAGGGAGUGUGAACUUAGUUUAAUAUUUAUAUUGUAUACAAAUGGUGAGAAUAUCGAAGAUAUUUCUAGUGACUACACUACUCAAUGGUUUUAUGAUGAUUACCAUAACCAAAUUAUUCAACAUAACCUCGAAAUAUGAUAAUGUGCGCUUAAACUUUGAUUUCGGUUGCUAAUUAUGUUCAAAAAUCAUAAAAAGUGUAAACGAAUAUUGUAAAAAUGAGUCACAUAGUCGUAAUACGCAGCUAUAAACCGGGUGAUGAAAUCAACUGUAAGGAAUUAAUAAAAUCCGGUAUUAUGUCAUCUUUAAGUUCAACAUUUUUUGGAAUUGUAUUAAAAGAACUGACGUUUCAAUUGAUGAUACUGUUUGCCGCUAUAAUGUUCAUUUUUUUCGGAUUACCUCUUACAGUUUGUUUUUUAGUUAUACCCCUUGUUAUUUUUCUUGUCUACAUUGGAACUUACAUAGGUUUCACCGCGAAAUCUAUGGAAGUUAAUGAAGAAGUUUCUAACAUACCAAGGAUGUACAUGUCCAAUGCAUUUUCAUGCUUUUGGGUUGCGGAAGCAUUUGAACCUUACAUAAUGACACAUCAUCCAAAGAAUAUACAUUACACCAUUAUGACAGAACAACAGUUUCGCGAUUCAAAUAUUGAUAUUUCAUCUCAAGUAAAAAGGAUUGUAGGGACCAUUGCUUUAUGUAAAAGUCAUAGAUUAGACAAAGGUGCAUGGAUUAAAAGGCUAUAUGUACAUGAACGAUACAGAAGAAAAGGAAUUGCUUCGUGCCUGAUUAAUGUUGCUGUGCAAUUUGCUAUUGAUCAAGGUUAUAGCUGUGCUAAUCUUGUUGCUUCCGAAUAUACAGAAGGUGGAAGAGAGUUAUGUCUUAAGAAAGGUUUUGAAUUGCGACAAAUGUAUCAUAGACCCAUAGUGGGUCCACUUGUAACUAUAUUAAUGUAUGAACUGACAUAUCAAAUUAAACCGGGUGAAGAUGAUUAUGUACCUACUGCAUACAAUAGAUCAAUGCUUAAUCAAUAAGGACGAGAUUUGAUGUUU